AUGGACAGUGUUUCUCUAUUAAUGCUGCUUUCUUUUAUUACGUUGAGCCUGAGCAAACCUUCAGCCCAUCCAGGUUUGUCAAUUGUGACUACCAGUAUUGGCGGAGCUGGGGCUCACUUAGUACCAAAUAAUGCAGACUAUUCUCGAAAAGUUAGCGUGAGUGUUGGAUCCAUUUUGAAUCAGCAAGAAGCCGCUGCAGCCGCUUCGAAAUCUGAGAAAGAUCGCCCGAGAGGUAAUGUUGGCACACGCUCGGUAUCCAACUUUGAUCCUACAGCUCUUCGACUACAGUCAUCUAUGGUGAGUGUCUAUCCUUCACGAAUGGAAGCCAGCAGUUUAUACGGUGACAAAUACAAUGGAGCCUCAACAUCCUAUCUCCAACCAGAUCUCAGCCGUGGUACCAUCGCAAAGCUGCGAGUCAUCUUGGGUGCAGACUAUGAUGAUGCUUGGAUGUCUGUUGAACCUCGACCACCAGGAAAUGAAAGCACUGGUUAUCCUCCUUCAUCUGCAAAGCAGAGGCUUCUUCAACAAGUCGGGAACUUGAAUUUUACCGUCUUUAAUGAUGUUCCAGGAGUUGGACGACAGGAAACACAUCUGACUGAAAAAGAAGUCGAUGUACUUCGAAAAUGGCUAGUCCAAAAAGCAGACUGCCCAGUUCAAUAUGUCUGGCGAGACAAUGGUAAUCGUUAUUGGCCACGAUGGAUUCGACAUGCUGUCUGCAAAGAAGGUGUCGCCUGUUCUUGGCCUUCAGGAAUGCAAUGCAAACCAAGUGGAACAAAAACUUUGACUCUUCUUCGUUGGGUGAGUGCUUAA